AUGGAUGGUUCGUUCGAGCCACUGGCAGACGGUCGUUGCCACAGCAGCAGCAGCAGCAGCAGCAGCAGCAGCAGCAUCAGCAGCCGGUGUCUAGAAGCGUUUCGGGUGGCCCUCCAGCAGACCUGCCUCGACCGCGAGAGCUGGUACGUGUCGACCACGCAGCUCCAGCUGGCGUCGCUGCCGUUCUGCCUAGCCUGCCGGGACUCGGUUACCCUGUGCCUCACGGUCGACGACAGCAUCCCUCGCCGGCUUCUCGCUGAUGUUGGCGGUAAUGAAGCCGUUGUUGCUCCCGCCGGCCCCUGUCAGUGUGGCCGUUCGCGGGUGCCGCGGUUCCAUGCCCGCGAGGUGACUUGGCACCGCCAGUCGUGCGUUGAGCUGAGUGCCUCUAUUUACGCUCUUGCGGAAGUUGAUUUCUUUAUUCUCGAUGGGGGUUUCAACCGCGCCAUUGGUGCCGUGGCGUGGCCGCGCAAGCUCAGGCGGCUCGAGUUCGGGGACUACUUCAAUCAGAGCAUCGCGAGGGCGAGCUGGCCGGCGUCGCUGGAACAGCUCACCUUCGGGUGCAACUUCAACCAGAGCGUCGAAGACGUGUCGUGGCCGAGUUCGCUGCAGGAGCUCGCGUUCUUGGGAAACUUUAACCAGAGCAUCAAGGGCGUAACGUGGCCUUCGUCGCUGCAGCAGCUCACGUUUGGUCGCGAGUUCGAUCAGCCGAUUGAAGGAACUCUCUGGCCGGCAUCCCUGCAGCAGCUUACGUUCGGGCUAAAGUUUAACCAGCCAGUUCAGAGAGUCGCCUGGCCGGCCUCAUUGAAGCAGCUGGCUUUCGGGGACGACUUCGACCAUCCCAUGGAUCAAGAAGCUGAUUGGCUCAAGUCUCUCGAGUAUCUCCGUUUAGGCCGGUGGUUCAAUCAAUCCCUGCAUGGGAUAGGACGGUGGGCGCCUGACCUCGAAGAGCUCAACCUUCGGGUAGAUGGGCAGGAGUAUGGUCUAUCUCUCGCCGGGGUGGAGUGGCCGACAGGCCUCAAGAAGAUGACGGUGGACAAGACCCUUUGGGACAAACAUUCCGCGGCGUUUCCUUUGGGCGUGGAGUGGGACGUCUUCUUUCACCACUGAAACGCGUGUGAGAUCUGUCGUUUGCAUUGUGUGUCGGUCUUGUGAGUGUAGAGUCGGACGUCUACAUAGUUCCUUCGUAAGACUGGAAACAAGGCUCUCGGUGGGCAUGCGUGAGUUGCGGUUCGAGAACCCCAACAACAAUCACCAGAAUCAUGGGAUUCCCGUGAAGGGAGGGAUUGGUUCGCUCUUUUUUUGCAGGGAGUCGGUCUGCCGGAGGAUACGGGCGCACGCAGAACCGGGUUUCACACCUUGGUAAAAACAAGCGGUUCGGCUGGAUUUCUCAUUUUCUUUGUCUCACAGUGAAAAAUGCUCCUGUAUCUGUUUGGCGGACGCGCCAAAACAAGGAGCAUAAACUGUAGUUGGUUCAAGUAUAAAAUUGAACUGGACGGUACAUUUGUCUACAUAGUCAGUAGUCCUACGCAAGUUUUUUAAGUAAGCAUACAUCCUGGGUAAAGUAUAUCAAAUCAAUCGGCUCUGUCGGGGUUAGGUUUGGGGUCUGCUUCCCUUUUGGCUGGUCUUUCAUCGCACUGAACUUACUGAAGUAUUACUUUGCGUAGGCAGUCCAGUCUAGGGGGGCAGGGGAGGUGGGGCCGCCUCCGGAGCCGGUUGGGAUGGCUGGGUCGCGAUGGCGCGGUCGCACGGGGCACCGGGCGUCGGAAGGCUUGCCACAAGGUGUUUUUACCAAUCAGAACGCCGCCGUGCCUACCUUGUAUCGAUGGGUUAUACUUGUUGUGGUUCCUCCGUUACCCGAUGUGUCACCGGCGACGAUUGUCGCCAGCUUUCUUCGGCCGGGCUUAUUCGUUUCGGCGGUGCUUUUUACGAGAGACACCGGUCUCUGGCUGUUGUUCUCCAGUGCUGUACGUCGAACAUGGACGUACAAAACGAAAGCAGUAGUUUAUGCUGCUGCUAGAAUACGUUGGGACGAACGUCAUCCCACACAAAAUCCUGGAGGAGUGCGGAAGAACGUGAAUGAGGAUGUCCACGAAGACAGGGAACAUUGUAGUGCGGGCGUUUUUAAUGUGCUUGUUCC